GAAGGAUUGGUUGUACCUCGGGUUAUGGGGUUGGUGAAGGGGGUAGUUCGUGUUUGCAUCGCCAUCUUGGCAAGUUUUUCCAACGAUUAUGAAGAAGCCCUGAGGGCAUCAUGGACGGGAAGCUGAAGACAAUGCUAGAAAACCUAGAUCAUUUUGUGGAAGUCCUCGCCUUGUCUCGGAGCGUUCAUGUCAAAGACUGGGACGUCUUAAGUGUUCGGCGAGCCCUGGAAUGGGGAGCUUAUUUCAAACAUGUCCACCAGCGAUUCCAGACCAGCGAGGCCAUCAAAGAAGUCCUGGAGGACCACCUUAGGUUGAAGAAUGGCCAGCUUAACUCUUGCAUGAAGAAUUAUAACUACAUACAAUUUGAGGACCUUGGAAAAUGUGAAGAAGUCCUCUGUACGUCUCUUCUGCAAAAUAAGGCCCUUCCCAAGGACGUUGUCAAGUAUCUGUUGUCUAAGUUAAAGGAGGAAUGUAGCACAAAGGCCGCUCUUUCUGGCGUGAACCACAUCAUCGCUCAGAAAGCUGCCUCACGUCUCCUGCUUUCUGUUCUCCCCGCAGGCGGACCGCGGAACCCUCUAGAAGACCCGGUUGUGUUGACCCAGGCGGAACUUCUGAGCACCCGUUUAAAAGACAGAAUUAAGACUUUAGAACCGGAUCAACAGAGUGCUGUCGCGCUGGAUCUUCUGAGCAGGAUUUCACCGCCGCUGGUGUUCCACUUAUUAGCGGUCAUUCUAGUUUCAGAAGAUGACGUUUCCACCCCCGACGACGAGACUGCCUUGUCCCAACAUCUUCUGGAGUGGUUAUUCGUUAAUGAUAGUACGUUGUCCGGUUUCUGCAGUAAUCUCAGCUGCCAAACCUUGACGCAAAUCAGCUGUAAAUACCCCAGGGUGAGAAAAGCCCAUCUCGACUUCUUGGCCAAGUCUGGAGUGAACAUGGAAACGGAUAUCUCUUCCGGGGAGUGGGUCGGCGCCGAGUUGUCCUUCCAGAUGCUUCUUGAUCAUUUUAGGUGCUUAAUGGCAGGUUCUGAGGAUCUUAAAGAGGCUACGGGAACGUUCCUUAGGACUUUAAAAGCUCAGGAUGGAGAUUACGAUGUACCCGGCAUCAGUUUAUGGACCGAUUUAUUACUUGAAAUUAGUAAAACGUAAUCUCCUACUCUGGGUAAAUUUAUCAAACAAAACUAAAACAUAUGUUCUCCUAGGACGCCGCAAAAGUAAUGGAAUGUUACUUUAAUAAAGAAAAU